AUGGGCAGCAGGAUAUUGUGCCAUAUAUCACGCUUCCAUUCGUCACUGGCAGUCAGUAGCGAACAUUCACAUAUUUGGGAUAUAUUUGCUUCGAUAGCUCUCGUGAGGCCACCUAUCAUUGCACCACCAAUGAAUGAUAUCGAGAAACGUUACCAGAACUUUAUGCUUCAGAGGGAAUUAGAAGACUCCCUCCGAUGCGAUUUUGAAUUGCGACAGUUAAGAGAUGAACGGCUUCUUAACGAAAGAGAAAGAUUGAAAGUGGAUGAUGAAGAAGCUAAUUUACAAGAAGAAAUAGGAAUUCUGGCUUCUGUGGACGAAGAAAACUGGCGAAAGGAAGCAGAUCGAAUCCGAAAAGAGCUUGCAGUUGGGAACCUCACCAAGUUUUCAAAAACUGAUAGUGCAAACUUACAAAGGAAAAUUGAUGAAUUUCUUGUGCUUCUUGUGUGUCAGAAAUUUGGACGAGAGGAUGGUUAUCUUUCUCGAUGGCAUCUGCCUCAGCUGCAAAAUCUCCCAGGCGAAUCACUAAAACAGACUUCGGAGCGCUGUCUCAAGGAAUUAUUUUCCACUGAAAUUCAUGGAGAAGGAAUAAGUAAUGCUCCGUUUGCUGUUUAUUUUUAUUGCUAUCCUGCUCAACUACGACAGAGAUUAAAAACACAGUCACGAGGUGCUGCGAUCUUUUUCUUCAAAGCACUAUAUAUGAAACGUUCUGCGCUAUUGGUCAAGAAGGAUGUAGUUGCAGAUUACAAAUGGGCUAAUGCAGAAGAAUUUGCUGCAAGUGUAGGACAUAAGAUGUCGUAUCUUCGGGCUUUGUCAACUCUUUUCCCUUCUUAUCUUUUAACAAAAAAUAUCUCUGAGUGUGCCAAAAAAAACAAAAUCUCAAAAAAUUCGGUCGAAAACGCAACUACGAAUGUAGUCAUCUAA